AUGAGGACAUCAACAGAUUUCCCUGCCACAGGAGCCAUCACCCCACCGGGAGACUCAUUGGAGGAAACAUUGAUCUCGUUCAGCAAAGAACGCCUGACUCCGUCUCCCUCGACUGAAGGGGAGAAUGAAAUAAAUGGAAUUUGGCAACAAGUGGCAGAUCAAUGCCAUUGCUCCCUGGAAGAGAUUGAAGACGUAUAUGACUGCACGGCCCUCCAGGAAGCAAUGAUAGCCCUCACUUUCAAAGACCCAAGAGCAUACACCAUCGAACACGAAUACCGCCUUCCACAGGAGAUUGACCACCAUAAGCUGAAGGAGGUCUGGAUUACGACGGCCCAAGCGAACCCGAUUUUGAGGACCCGGAUGAUCCCGACCAGUCAGCGCGGCUGUGUGCAGGCAGUAGUGCGAGGAUCAAUUCCAUGGCAGGUGCAGGAUACCGACGACGGCGUAAAUGGCGAGAUCACCAGCCCUUCCUGGCGAGCAGGAGCUCCGCUGGCGUAUUUCUGCUUCAAUGUCACCGAACAUAAGCUGAAAGUGACAAUCCAUCAUUCCAUCUGCGACCACUGGUCUAUGGCAUUGUUAUUGCGCCAAGCCGACGCAGCCUACAGAGGCGAGGAACUGUCAUUCCACCCCUUUCGGCCUCUAGUGGAUUAUGUACAGCGGACCAAACCCAAAGCCAAUGAUUUCUGGGAAUCCAAGUUCCAUGAUGCCCAUGAUGCCACGAUGGGCGUGUUUCCCCAACUACCCAUAGUGGGUCAUGCUGCCAGACCAACCGAGCGGCUAGAGAGAUCUUUUAGCAUCCAAUCUGGCAAUGGUUCCUCAAGCACUGUCGGCACCAAGAUUCGGUUGGCGUGGGCGGUCCUGCAAUCGGUCUAUACUGGCUCUGACGACAUAUUAUUUGGAACAGUCAAUGCGGGUCGUACAGUGUCCAUUGAAGGAGUGCAGGACUUGAGCGGACCUGCACUCGCUAGUGUACCAGUGCGCAUCAAGCUGUGCGGGCAGAAUACCGUUGCAGAUGCCUUGAUUGCAGUACAGGACGAAUGGGCAGCAUCUAUGGAGUUUGAACACGUUGGAUUGCAAAAUCUGCUUCGUCUUGGACCUGGUCCAGCCGCAGCGUGUCAUUUCCGGACCCUGAUCUCGGUCGAGCCUCGAGAUGGCCAUCAACUUCCCGAAAUGUUCUCCCAAAGUCGAUCGACCCAAUUGGCGUACGAUAUGUAUCCUCUGAUCCUACGAUGUCGCCCCUCGACCAUGACAAUGUGGAUUGAGGCUUCUUUUGACCCGGCAGCAACCGAUGUCUGUCAAAUGGAGCGGAUUCUCUCCCAAUUCAGCCAUAUUUACGGACAGAUCGAUACUAAACCGGGCCUCACACUUUCCAGUAUCAGUACCGUGAGCCCCGAAGAUUUGAGCGAUCUCCGCCGCCAGAACAUCUUGACAAAGCGCCCUGAUGUCGUGCCGUGUGUUCAUUCUCUAAUUGAAAGUCGCAUGCGGCAACAGCCUCUUGCCCCGGCCAUCAGUAGCUGGGAUGGCAGCUAUUCAUAUUUAGCCCUCGAUGAGUUGUCUUCAGCAUUGGCUGACAGUCUUUCCGGGCAUGGUGUUGGGCCUGGGUCAUUCGUACCACUUCUCUUGGGAAAGACCAAAUGGAUGGCUGUCGCCAUGCUUGCUGUCAUGAAGGCUGGUGCUGCAUUUGUACUGCUAGAACCAUCAUACCCACAGUCCCGGUUACGGCAUAUGUGUGAAGCUGUUAGAGCUCCCCUGAUGGUGACUUGCGGCUGGCAUAUUGAUCUGGCGGCCCAGGUUGGGGUCCAAACGUUGCUGAACGUGGAUACAUUUGACUCGGAGCAGCUGCAUUUCAAUGGCUCAUCUCAGAAGUCCUCGGUCAGCCCACAGGAUCCCGUCUAUCUGACAUUUACCUCUGGGUCCACGGGAACCCCCAAAGGUGUAAUUGUUCAUCACGAGGGCUUUGCUUCAAGUUCUAUGGCUCAUGGCAAGCUAUACCACUUCACACCGCAGUCGCGUGUGCUACAAUUUGCGUCUCCAGCAUUUGAUUCUUGCAUUAUCGAAUUCCUCAGUACGCUGAUUCAGGGAGGCUGCGUUUGCAUUCCGUCAACGGACGACUGUCACAGUCAUCUUGUGGAAUCUAUGAACCGAUUUACAGUGAACGUUGCGUGCUUGACGCCCAGUGUUACCCGGAUCAUAAGUCCUGACAGUGUUCAGUCGUUGAAGGUUUUGAUAUUUGUCGGAGAAGCUGUUCUGGCUAGCGACGUUGUCCGCUGGGAGCCCUUUGUACACGUUGGAAAUGCGUACGGCCCAGCGGAGUGCUCAGCAGUGUUCAGUGUACAACCAAAUCUCAAGAGCAACGAUCCAGCGAACAUAGGAUUUAGCACAGGGGGAUCUGGAUGGGUUGUUCAUCCAGAAGAUCAUCAGGUGCUCAUGCCGCUGGGAUGCACUGGAGAACUAUUAAUAGAAGGACCAGUUGUUGGCAAGGGUUAUCUAUCGAAUUCCGAGCAGACGGCCCGGGUCUUCGUUGAAGCACCCCCUUGGCGCCUGGAAUUUGGCUCCCCUCAAUCUGGAAAACUGUACAAAAGCGGAGAUUUGGUGCAAGCUACCGGUGAUGGUAGUUUCAGAUACUUCGGACGGAAGGAUACUCAGGUCAAGCUACACGGACAGCGUCUAGAACUGGCGGAGAUUGAGUACCAUCUUCACAGAGCAUUUCCGAAAGCCCGCCAGACCCUUGCAGACGUUCUCCGGUCCUCUACCCCAAACAGGAUCAAUGAUCAUCGACCAGAGGCUUUACUGGUAGCAUUCAUAUGUCUCCCUACGUCUCCUCCAUGUGACGACGGCAAUCAUCAAGCCAACUUUCUUCCUCCAAGUGACGAGUUCCGUGAAGCUUGUGCUGCGGCAGAGGCCAGCAUGGCGGAUGUUCUACCAUCUUUCAUGAUUCCACGGUUUUACCUACCCUUAUCCCAUGUACCUCUGACGCCAUCUGGGAAGACAAAUCGGCGUUCCAUCCAGGAGCAGGCCAAUAAGUUGUCCUUGGAGCAGAUGAAGGCUUAUCGAGCUGUAAAAAUGCAUCCGGAGGCGCCAUCAACUUCUCGCGAGGAAAAGCUUCAACAUAUCUGGGCCAAGACACUAAAUCGAACUGUUGAAGAGAUCGGCACUACAGAAAGCUUCUUUCGUCUGGGAGGGGAUUCAGUCAGCGCGAUGCAAAUCGCUGUAGGAUGUCGCACCGUUGGACUGAAAGUAGCUGUCGCUGAUAUCUUCCGGUUUCCAAGCAUCAGGCAACUGGCGGAAAGGAUCCAAGAUUCUGGGUCUGUCUCUUUUGCCUCGGCCGGGGAGGAUGAACAAACGGAGGUGUGGUUUGAGCUUUCCCCGAUCCAGAAGCUCUUCUUUGAGCGAGUGCCAAAUGGUCACAACAAGUUUACUCUCGAGUUCAUUCUCCGGCUCGACAAACCACUUCCACCUCCUGAGAUUAAACGAGCGAUUGAGAAGAUUGUCACCACUCAUUCAAUGCUCCGUGCCCGUUUUGAACAACGAGCCGAUGGUCAAUGGGGACAGAUUAUUGGCCCUGAUGUGUCUAGAAGCCUUCGGUUUAGAGAGCAUCGGGUGCCCUCUAUGAAUGACCGUAAAGCAUUGCAGAAGAUUUUGUCAGUCAGCCAGAGCACGCUUGAUAUCGUCCAGGGAGUGAUGAUUAUUGUUGAUGUUAUCACUACAGACACCGGGGAGCAGUUCUUGGCGUUGAUGGCCCAUCAUCUUGUAAUUGACCUAGUGUCAUGGCGCAUCCUGCUGCAAGACCUGGAAGAUAUCCUCAGCACGGGCCGUACGAUACAACCUCUCUCCAUAUCAUUCCAACAAUGGUCCCGGCUACAACAAAGCUAUGCCAGCGUAUCUCUUGAUCCCAAUGAAACCCUGAAGACAGAAAUUCCACGUCCCCCAAUGGACUACUGGGGCUCGGAGGCUGUCCUGACUGCGAAUACUUGGGCGGAUGCAACGCGACGAACCAUCACAGUAUCUCAGGAAACAACAGAGGCAAUAAUCGGGGCUGCUAAUGGCGCAUUUCACACUCAGCCAGUGGAAAUCAUUCAGGCAGCCGUUCUUUACUCCUUUGUUCAGGCCUUUGACAAUCGACCUGCACCCACCAUAUUUAGCGAAGGGCAUGGGAGAGAGCCAUGGGACUCGGAAAUUGAUAUAUCCCGCACAGUUGGAUGGUUCACCACUAUUGCUCCUUUGUAUUUGGAUGUUAAAAAAGAGGACACCGUCAGGAGGAUCUUGCAGCUCACAAAAGAUGGCCGCCGGAGUAUAUCCACCAACGGAUGGGCAUACUUUGCGUCGCGAUUUCUCCACCCCGAAGGACCGGAAGUAUUCCAGAAUCAUUCCCCAAUGGAGAUUCUUUUCAACUACACCGGUCUUUUCCAACAAUUAGAAAGACCAGGUGCCCUUCUUCAGAUGACAUCAGUUCAAGAUGAUUCCCUUCUCCCCAUGGCAGCUGAUUUGCCGCGCAUGGCUCUCAUUGAUGUGAACGCAACAGUCAUGAAUGGCUCUCUCAACCUGUCCUUCAUCUAUGACCAACGAUUACAGCACCAGGAACGACUAGAGCAAUGGAUCAACAAUUGCCUACACACUCUUGAGGAACUCCCCAUGGAUCUGCAGCAGGAACAGCUACUCGCCGCUGUCGAUUUUCCGUUGCUAUCACUUGCAAGCGAGGAGCACCUUCACAGCCUACUCCAUCAGGUCUCAGGUCGAUUCGAUGUGUCUCCGUCUGGAAUUGAGGAUAUGUUCCCUUGCUCGCCUAUUCAACUCGGCAUGUGGUUGAGCCAAUUAAGAAACCCUCAAGUAUACUGGUCGCAUAUCCGGUGGUCUCUGUACCCGACGUCCGCCAACUCCUCAAUUGAUAUCACUGAGGUGGAGCAAGCAUGGCAGCAGGUUGUUAACCGUCAACCCAUCUUGCGCACUGUCUUCAUUGAUAGUGUCAAAGGGCACGGUCAUCCUGUCCAAGUCGUUCUAAGAACCACAGAGGCAAACAUCAAGGUGUUAUCGGGAUCCGAGUUGCGUGCGGAGGGCCAAGUUCCGUCUCUUUCGGAUGAGUUCCUGUUGAAUCCAAAAUCGCCAAGCACGAAGGGUCGCCCACCUCAUCAGCUUACCGUUGCAAUUGAGCCUCAUGGUGGAGUUUACUGUCAGCUGGCUAUCCACCACAUUCUUGUUGAUGGUAUCACGGAGCAAAGAUUACUGUCAGAAUUCCAUCAAGCAUGCAAUGGGACACUAGACUCCAAGUCUGCGGGCUGCUAUAGCAAUUACCUGGCUUAUCUGCACACUCGGGACUCCGAGGCUUCGGAAUGCUAUUGGAAGCAAUAUUUGACUGAUGUUCGCCCUUGUAUUUUUCCAUCUCUUGGAUUGAAAGAGGAUGGGAUUGCCUCAAGCUCUCUAAAAUCGCUACCAUUCUCCAUGGAUCUUGGUCAAGAUCUCUACUCAUUCUGCCAGAAUCACGGCAUCACCAUUUCCAGUUUGCUACAAGUCGCUUGGGGUAUUGUUCUCCGUGUAUACACAGCAAGCGAGUCUGUAUGCUUCGGAUAUCUGAAUGCAUGCCGUGAUAUUCCAGUGCAAGAUGCGCACGAUAUCUCUGGACCUUUGAUCAAUCUUUUGAUAUGUCGCUUAUCUUUGACUGAAGAAUCAUCGGUCUUGUCAACUCUUGCCGAAAAUCAUACAGCCUAUGCCCAAAGCCUUGAUCACCAACAUUGCUCUUUGGCAGAGGUCCUGCAUUCUUUGAAUCGCUCCGGUCAACCUUUGUUCAAUACCGCAAUGUCAUUACAAAAGGACGCCGGCAGUCUGUUUUCUGUUCAGUCUGAAAUGAUUAAAUUGCAACCAGAAGAUGGGAUUGACUCAACUGAGUAUGACUUGACUAUCAAUAUCACUGCACGUGAAAAGACUAUCGAUUGUGAUUUGACAUACUGGACGCACGCUGUGGCUGAAGCUCAGGCUGAAUUGGUGGCCGACACGUUUUCUCACAUCGUUCUGCAGCUUAUUGAUCCCGCAAUCGUCAAACUAAGCGACAUAAGUCUGUCAAUGGGGAAGAAUGAAGAUCAAAUGCUUCGUUUCAAUUACAACCUACCGCAAUCUUUACGAUCUUUUAUUCACACUGACAUAGAACGAAUGGUGACAGCGCAACCAUCAUCCCCUGCAGUCGAUUCCUGGGAUGGUCGGUUCACGUAUGAGACCCUCGACCUUUUCUCAUCGCUAUUGGCUAAAUAUCUGGCCCAAAUUGGUGUUGGUCCCGAGGUAUUUGUGCCAGUAUGCCGUGAAAGAUCCAAAUGGACAGCUGUCGCCAUACUCGCCAUUUUGAAAGCAGGUGGAGCAUUCAUCUUGCUUGACCCGUCGCAUCCAGCAGAGAGACUGCAAGAGAUGGUGCAAGUGGACUUCCAGUGUCCAGUUAUCAUCACCUCAUCGAGGUACCUUGGACUUGCAGCCAAUCUAGCGCCAAACCCCAUCGUCGUGGAGGACCUCAGCCAAAUAUCGAGAUCAGGAGCUCGAAAAGAGAGUAUAUCAUCGGUGGCUAAUCCAAAGUCCUCCGCAUAUGCUGUGUUUACAUCUGGAUCGACCGGCAGGCCAAAGGCAAGCGUCAUCGCGCACCAGUCUUUCCUGUCAGCAUCAGCCGCGCAUACCCAGGUACUUGGUCUUGACAAAAACGCUCGGGUUCUCCAAUUCGCCUCCUAUGCGUUUGAUGCUAGCAUUGUGGAAAUGCUCGACACGCUUUUGGUCGGUGGCUGUAUCUGCAUUCCCUCCGAUGAAGACCGAAACCAGAGACUGGGUCAUGCAAUCCGCGAGAUGCAAGUGAACUGGACGCUGCUGACCCCCUCUGUGGCACGCAUCCUAAAUCCGCAGCAUGUUUCGACCUUGGAAACACUUGUGCUCGGUGGAGAGGGUAUGUCUAGGGACGAUGUCCGUCGCUGGUCACCCCAUGUACGCUUAAUGAAUGCCUACGGUCCUUCGGAAUGCUCUGUCAUUGCUGCAGCCCAGCCAUCCCCGCAAUACCUUUCACAAGAUGAAUCAAAUAUUGGACAGCCUGUUGGUUGUGUCGCAUGGGUGGCGCAUCCAAACAACCCAGAGAAGCUCGUCCCUGUGGGUGCUGUCGGAGAAUUGCUCAUCGAGGGUCCUAUUGUCGGCCGCGGUUACGUUAAUCGUCCGGAGGCCAUGGCAGCGGCAUUCCUUCCACAUCCCAUCUGGUUAUCCAAGAUCCGUGGUUCCCAAAAGGGCCUCUUGUACCGAACAGGUGACCUUGUGAGGCGUCUUGUGGAUGGCUCUAUACAAUACAUCGGACGGAAAGACCGUCAAGUCAAGUUGCGUGGACAGCGUAUCGAACUUGCAGAAGUUGAGCAUCAUGUUCAGGAGUGCUUCCCUAUCAACGACCCGGAAGUCUUUGCAGAUUUGAUCACACCAAAUGAUGCCAAAGAUGCACACUUGGUUGCUUCCAUUGUUCAACCAGAAGACAGUGGCGGCGUUCAAGCCUUUGAGGCGGCCGUGGAGCAAAUGCAAUCACAUCUUCGGGCAGAUAUUCCAACUUUCCUUAUUCCCUCUGCAUUCAUUCCUGUCUAUCAGGUACCACGAUUGGUGAAUGGAAAAAUUGACCGAAAAGAACUGCGGCAUGCAGCAUCUCAAGCGCUACAAGCACAAAUUUGCCAAGAAGCGACCAGCCACCACCUGCGACAGUUAAGAGAAAUGACAAAGGGGGAACUUGCGCUGCAAAACUGCUGGGCCGAAGUUCUGGCUCGCCCUCCAGAGACGAUCGGACCUGACGACAACUUUUUCCGCUUGGGCGGAGACUCGAUCGCAGCAAUGAGGCUGGCUGCCACGGCUAGCGAGCACGGGAUUCAACUAGGUGUCUCAGACAUCUUCCUGAAUCCUAAGCUCAGCGAUCUCGCACUGAAUUGCUCGCUUCCAGGGCCGAAGGAAUGGCCAAACUCCGAACCAAAAGGAUCGGAUGAUUCCGUGCCCCCAUUUUCAAUGCUCCCAGCAAAUCACCGGGAAGAAUUGAAAUCACAGGCAAUGGAACAAUGCAACCUCCCGAUGGAGCAAAUCGCGGACAUUUACCCCUGUACCGCAUUGCAGGCCGGUAUGGUAGCUUUGACAGCGGAACGCCCCGGGUCAUAUAUCGCAUACCAUAGUUUCCGUCUACGUCCAGAUAUCGACCUGUCUUUAUUGAAGACUGCUUGGGAGACGGUAGCAAAACACAACGGAAUUCUGCACACCCGAUUCAUUCAAUCGGAGUUUGGCUUCAUGCAGGUCCUGGUACAGAACUGCGAGCUUCACUGGAUCUCGAGGGACAUGAAGGAAGAGAAAAAGUUACAUUGGAACGUUCUUCUUGGCCAGCCACUUGUGCAGUUCGAAGUCAUCCCGGUGUUGAGCGAAUAUUCCAAUAUAGCUCAGCGACUGGAUCUGACUAUCACCAUUCAUCAUGCUCUGUAUGACUCUUGGUCACUGCCUCUCCUUGUGCAGCGUGCACAAGAGGUUUACCAGGGCCAGAUCUUGGAGCCAUCCGACAUGACUCCAUUCAAGGAAUUUAUCAAAUAUUCCAUGUCCCAACAAAAGGACGCGCUCGAACACUGGCGUCGUGAAUUCCAUGGACUUACUGCCGAGCCAUUCCCCACACUUCCUUCCUCAUCAUAUCGGCCUCGCGCUUCGAAACAAACGGUACGAACAAUUGAGACAGGCCCAGUGAUGGAUGAAUGUGUCAGUCGAACCACCGCCAUUCGUUUCGCUUGGGCUCUUGUUCAGUCUCAUUACCAGAGUAAUGACGAUGUGGUAUAUGGCAUUGUAUCCCCUGGCCGAGCAGCAUCCGUCAAUGGCAUUGAGGGCAUGGCUGGUCCAACAAUUGCCACGCUUCCUUUGCGCGUGCAAAUCGAGGAUAAUGCGACCGUCUCGCAUGCCCUCAGAAAUUUGCAAGAGCGGACAGUACAGCUCAUUCCAUUCGAACAAGUUGGGCUACCUGAAAUUGCUGCCAUAGGGCCCGAGGCCAAGCAGGCCUGUUCAUUCCAAACCCUACUUGUGGAAGGGAGAGGAGAGGUUGAAAACUUAGGCCCCGCCAAUGGUCCUAUGGAACCCAUGGGAACAUCAUCCGGGGAUUCUGCGUCAAACACCUACGCCAUCCAACUAGCCGUUAUGUUCAAGCCAAAUAUGGUGACUGUUGCAGUGUCCACUGAUGAGACUGUCAUUCCAGCAUGGCAGGUGGAACACAUGCUAGACCAAUUUAGCCACAUUUUGCAGCAGGUGCACCAUCAUCCAGCAAAGCUGGUGCACGAAAUUGCUACACUGAAUGACAAAGGUGUCCAGCAGCUGCAAGCCUGGAAUAAUGGGAUUCCGGCACAAUGUCCGGUGUCGGUCACUGAUGUGAUUUCUCAACAUUGUGAGAAGCAACCAUUGAGUCUAGCCGUCUCGUCUUCCAACUUCAGUCUAUCAUAUAAAGAACUAGACCUUCUUUCAACCCAUAUCGCUAGCCUUUUGCGUUUGCAGGGAGCCUCGUCGGAGGUCUUCGUUCCAAUAUACUUGGAUCGGUCAUGCUGGACUGUGGUAGCGAUGUUGGCCGUGCUCAAGGCAGGGGCAGCUUUCGUCCUUCUGGACACCUCCCAUCCACCAGAGCGGCUUCGGAAUAUCUGCGACGAAGUAAAGCCACCUUUCAUCCUUACAUCGCUCGAACAGCGUCAUAAAGCCGAGGCGCUGUUCAACAAUGUUGUGAUCAUGCCUCAGAGCAUCGACUCCGAGUGUGCGUCGAUGCCAGGUUAUAGAACGUCCCGUUUGCCAUCUCGUGCUCUUUACGCGGUGUUCACGUCUGGUUCAACCGGUAAACCCAAGGGGGUUGUGAUAGAGGAUGGUUCCUUUAUGACAAUGACUAAAGAAGUUUCGCGUCUGAUGGGUAUCGGUCUGGGUGACCGCGUCCUGAACUUCUCUUCCUAUGCUUUCGACGUCAGUAUUUUGGAAAUACUCGGUCCAUUGCUUGCGGGUGCUUGCAUCUGCGUCCUGACGGAGUCUGAGCGUAGAGGCCGACUAACUGAGGCGUUACAAGGGCUACAACCGUCUCACGCCUAUUUAACCCCCGGUGUUUUGCGCACAAUGAUGCCAAACGAGUUGGGAUCACUCCGGACAAUCAUGCUCGGUGGAGAACCGCUUCGGCCAAGCGACAUUAAGCAGUGGGUGCCACAUGCACGGAUCAUAUCGGGUUACGGUCCAGCAGAGUGCACGGUCACUUUCACUGUACAGUCCCCAAUCGACUCGAGUUCGCAAGGCGGGAAUAUCGGUUUCCCGAUUGCUGGCGCCUGCUGGGUGACCGAUCCACGAAACCCUGACCGAAUCGCUCCUAUUGGUGCUGUGGGCGAGCUUCUUCUUCAGGGGCCGCUAGUAGGUCGCGGAUAUUUGAACAGCCCGGAACAAGCAGCUACAAACUUCAUCUUAUCUCCAACAUGGAUGCGACGUGUUGGCUUCACCGCUGGUCGAGAGGAAGGCCGGGUGUAUCGAACAGGCGACCUUGUUCGUUAUGAGAAGGACGGAUCUCUCUCGUUCGUAGGACGAAAGGACCUCCAGGUCAAGCUACGAGGUCAGCGCUUUGAGCUCGCAGAAGUUGAGAAGCGGCUGCAGGAGGUCUGGCCGGAAGAUCUGACGGACAUCGUUGCUGAGAUUGUGACUCCGAUGGCUUCGAUGAAUUCCAAAUGCUUAGUUGUCUUUGUCGCUUCAAAAGCGGCUGAGACGGCUUCAUCGGUAUCCACCUCACCGAUCCCUUCCCUAGAAGUCGUUGCCACGACCAACUUUGCCGCCCAGAUAUCAAGUGUGAGACGUCAACUUGGUGAUCUCCUUCCAGAUUAUAUGGUACCGUCUGCAUUCGUGCUCCUUCGACGGAUACCUCGCAACACUAGUGGCAAGAUAGACCGAAAACGGUUGAGAGACUCGGCAGCGAGCGCAACGCGAGUGCAGCUGGAGUCACUGUUUGCUGAAGCCCCUUCAGAUAAGCGAGUUCCCGCCAUGGGAAAGGAGCGGAAAUUGCAGCACAUCUGGGCGAAAGUACUCGAUAUUGCAGCCGACGAGAUUGGCGCUGAAGACAGCUUCUUCCAAUUGGGAGGUGAUUCCAUCUCGGCUCUCAAAGCUGCAUCGAGGGCUCGGGCAGCUGGGAUUGUGCAUUCAGUGGAGAGUUUGUUCCAUUUGAAAACAAUUAUGCGCAUUGCCAAACAUGCUGCAACCGUGAACACCACCGAUAUCAUAGAUGGGAUACAGACACCAGCUUCUUCUUUGCGGCACCACACACCCUACUCCCUUAUUACGGCUCACGAGCGUGCAGAUAUUUUUGCUUCACACUCCACACCGGGACAUCCGUUGGUCAAAGAGAAUGUGGAAGAUAUAAUCCCGGCGCUCCCAUUCCAAGUCUUCUACAUAACCCAUGCAUCGCCAGUAUCGAUGGCACAAAUGUUCCCAGCGGCCUUGGACAUCGAUAGACUGAAAAGCGCGUGCAGCCAGGUUGUGGCUCACCACAGCAUCUUACGCACAGUAUUUGUGGAGGCCAAUGAUCGGUUCUUCCAGGUGAUCCUCCGGGAAGUCGGGCCUCUGCUGAAUGUUGUUCAUUGUGAUGAUCCAGAAGCAUAUGUUGCUCGAGAGUCCAAACAAAAGGGCCCACCCUCUACAGCCCAAGGUACAAUACCAGUUAGCUUCACUCUCGUGACUAGCCGCAUCAAACAAUGCUCUGCAUUGAUACUUCGCAUAUCCCAUGCGCAGUAUGAUGGGGCCUCCAUACCGUUGCUGUGGGAGACAAUCAAAAAGGCCUAUCAUAACGAGCCUCUCACACCGGCUACGCAAUUCAAAGAUGUCGCCUAUAAUCGAAUGGGCGAUCUGAACAAAGCUGAGAUUUCAUUCUGGCGACGAUACCUUGAAGGUGCUCCGUCCGCUGCUCUCGAUCCCUUUGAUCAAACUGGAAAGGCACGUAUUUCGGACAAUGACAUAACCGAAAAGAGUCAAACGGCAAUGCCCUCUCUCCCACCGGACAUGACCGUGUCAACGCUCGUGAAAGCCGCUUUCUCAUGGGUUCUGUUUGAGCAAACUGCGCAAUCGGAUAUUAUCUUAGGUCAGGUUGUUCACGGACGUGAAAGCUCCCUUUUGGACAUGAAUACAGCCAUUGGGCCCUGCUUGAAUCAUCUACCUGUCCGAAUCAGGAUUGAACCUGACUGGACAGUGGAGAAUUUCUUGCAUCAUAUUCAGGCACAGCAGCUACAAAUCACAGCCCAUGACGACGUAUCGUUUGAUGCGAUCGCAGAAUCUUGCACAAGGUGGCAACCUGGCUCGAAAAUGGCUUGCCUUGUUCACCACCAAAGCGAAGAAGCCACGGAGCCCGUCGAGAUGGGUGGUGUUCGCUCGUCGCCUGGUUGCAAUUGGGCCAGCUCCAAGUUGGCGCACGGUCAGCUGGGUAUCAUUUCCGUGGAACAUGGAUCCCACCUAGAGCUCAUGGUCUCAGCUACUGAGGAGACCAUGGAUCAGCAUAGCGUUCAGUUCCUGUUGGAGAAGCUGGUUGCCACCAUUCAGUUGUUCUCGAAGUUUACCCAUUGCCGGUUGGCAAAUGUCGCUAGCAGGAUCCACACAUGA